AUGCCGGCCAAUGACUCUCCCGCGGUUAUCGUCGCUCGAUUUCUGAAAGCAAACCAUUAUACCGAGACCCUAGCGGCUUUUCUGGAAGAGGCCGGGUUACCUGAAGAUGCAGCAGAUACGAAGCCAGGUGACUGGACAAUAGAACAAGUCCUCGAGGAGAAGAAGCAGUACGACUCAAGUCUCUCGUUUGAGAAGAAAGGUGAUGGUCAACUUACUGGGUGGACGCAACCUGCGCCAUCGAAACCUGUGGAGCCAGAAGCUCGCGUUUCUUCAAAUGUACUCUGCGUGAGUGGCGCUGGUGACGAUAACGAUGCACACAAGACUAUCUUCAUUACCACCGCAGAUAAAUCGUGGUCUCAACUUUCGACGACCGGUCCAUUCCGACUUACACAGUCGAUAUCCAAUGCUCAUGCCAGUCCGGUGCUAUCUAUCAGUUCAUUGCCUGGUCCAUACAUUUUCUCGACCUCCAUGUCUGGGCAACUCAUGCUUCAUGAUGGCCGAGGUAGGCUACUCGACAAAUGUCGGGACCACUUAAAGUAUGCUGUUCAGGUUGUAUCCACGGUCACAAGAAACGGUAAUUGGAUCGUCGCUACCGCUGGUUGGGACCAGAAAGUUCAUCUCUACACUCCGGAACACGAACUGGCCGAGAGAUUUGAACCGGCAAAUUCCUCUGAUGUUGGAGAUGAGUCCCACAUCGACGGAUUGCUUGGUGAUCCAGUCCAUACCAUUGCUUUGCCAACCAAUCCAGAGUCCAUGGUUUUUGUUCAGCAUCCUGAUACGUUGGAACCAUAUUUGGUUCUAUCAAGGAGAGAUUCAACUUUUCUGUACUAUUAUUCCAUUACUUCAACAUCUCCAGAGUCAUCCUCGUCAAGAAAUAGCGAAGCCGCAUAUUCAGUACGGGAGACUGGAAAGCAGAAUCUAGCGCCACAUUCGAAUGCGUGGAUCGGUUUCACGCCAUCAUGUUUGGCGUUGUCACCCGCGGAUCCUUCGCUACUCGCCGUAGCUACAUCACACCUGCCACAUAUGAAAUUAAUUAUCGUUCGUCUGCUUUUCCCCUCGUCCUCCAACGUUCCCGACACCGAGCCACAGACGCAGGCUUCACAAGCACGAGCAGCUCUGGCAGUGCAGGAUCGUGAGGAGCAUGCAAUCAAGCUACAUGUCUCAACAAUGUCCCCCCAGACACCAUACUCCACACCACAGGUAGUCUGGCGUCCAUCUGGAAGUGGAGUGUUCGUUAAUGCUGACGAUGGGGUUGUAAGAGGACUCGAUACUGAUAAUGGGAAGGUCGUCAGUCUUUUGCAAGCGCAUGAGGUUGGAAGCAAGGUUCGAACACUUUACGCGGGAUUCGAGAAUGGUCCGGAUGGCAAGAAAGAGAUAUUGAUUAGUGGAGGAUUUGACAAGAAGGUUUUUAUCUGGAGAAUUGCAUAA